AUGUCUCUGCAACCAUUCCACAAUUUCACAACUGUAGCCAACACGCUCACACAAGAUUCAUCAUUCGCAUUCAAUUUGAAUGUAACCAUCGUGAGACAUGUUAAAUGGAUUUCAGAUUCAUUGUUGACUUUCUUUGUAGAGAAUACCUAUGCUUCGGAUUGUGUUAAAAUCUAUAGAACUUGUCCAUUGCAAUCUGGUGGUAUGAAAAAUUGUGAAUUGAUCGAGAGUGUGAAAUUGGUAACUGAUGAAGAUUGUGCUGCAAAUGUCAAGACAUCAAUUGGCUGGUUGGAAGUUGCAUCAUUUCCAACAACUGGAUCAAUUUAUUUGAUGACAGUCAUUAAGAAAGUUAACGGAGAGGAAGUGAAAUAUGUGGAAAGAAUAUUUAAAUUGCAAAAUAUUGGCAGUGGCAGCUCGUUGGAACAAUUAUGUCAUUCUAAUGAGUUGACUGUGAGAAUGGCCUGUUCAAUAAUUGCAGAUGAGGAAAGAGAAUGUGUCUAUAUGAUUGGAGGACUGAAUAUUAGAAAAGAUGCAGAAUUAUAUAGAGAUGACAUUUCACAAUUCAAUGUGAAAACAAUUGAAUGGUCACUUUUAACAAAUGUUGAAACAGUAGCUCUCUAUUCUCAUUCAUCUCUAAUGUGGAAAAACAAGUUCAUUGUAAUAUUUGGAGGUUAUAUCUCAUCAUGUUCAGUAUCUAGUAAUAUCACUCUUUACAAUCUUGAAACAAAACAAUGGCUCACUGCUUUCCAUCUUUUGGAAGAUAGUCCAUCAAAAUCUAAAGCAAAUGGUAGAACCAAUUCAGGAAUUGCACUACUUCCCAAUGAAUGGGCGUGUAAAUUCAAUCGCUCCAUUCCGAAUAAUUCAGAAUGUGAUACUUUAAUUAUUUAUGGAGGCAGAAUUUCAAAACUGGUUUCAAAGAGACUUGUGUAUGUAGAAUCGAGUGAUAUAUUGCUCUUCCAUUUGAACGAAUCAGAAUUGAAAGUGAGACAGAGAAGAGAGGAAUAUAGUGUGGAGUUUCCAUUCGAGUUGAAACAUUUCAUUUUGGCAAUGCCAAAGAAUGAAUUUAGUUCAUUGUUUGUUUUUGGAGAGGAAACCAGCAAAAUGUCAUUGAUUUUUUGUGGUUGUAAUAAUAUUAGCAAGGCUGACUUGUUUUCUUCUCCAAAUGUUAAGAAGAAUUAA